AAUCGAACUACGUACUGGUACUGUGUCCAAACUGCAACGAAGGGUCUUCAACGCUCUAUGCAGGAGAAAUCCCAUCUUAUCCUUCCAGCCGGCAGCGUAGGCAGCACUGGCCCAUUCCAGGCAGCCAGGCGAUACAUGAAAGUCAUAUAAUUGAGUUCAUUCUAGCGUCUACAUCUCUUCUUGGUCAUCAGAACUUCCCAACUUCAUUAUCUUAUUCCACCAUAAAGAUAGACCCACGAUGCCAAAUCUUGGCGGCGCGGAAACCAUCCGCAUCCUCGUGGCCACCGACAACCAUGUGGGCUACAACGAGCGGGACCCCAUCCGGGGCGACGACAGCUGGAAGAGCUUCCACGAGGUGAUGUGCCUGGCCAAGGAGCACGACGUGGACAUGGUGCUGCUAGCGGGGGAUCUCUUCCACGAGAACAAGCCGUCCCGGAAGUCCAUGUACCAAGUAAUGCGGUCGAUCCGCAUGAACUGCCUGGGCGACAAGCCGUGCGAGCUGGAGAUGCUCAGCGACGCGAGCGAGAACUUCCAGGGGGCCUUCAACCACGUCAACUACGAGGACCUGGACAUCAACGUCGCCAUCCCCAUCUUCUCCAUCCACGGCAACCACGACGACCCGUCGGGCGAGGGCCACCUGGCGGCGCUGGACAUCCUUCAAGUUUCUGGACUAAUCAACUACUACGGCCGCACGCCCGAAUCCGAUAACAUCCAGGUCAAGCCGGUGCUGCUGCAGAAGGGGCGAACCAAGCUCGCGCUGUACGGGAUCAGCAACGUGCGCGACGAGCGGCUGUUCCGCACCUUCCGCGACGGCAAGGUGAAGUUCUACCAGCCCUCCAUCCAGAAGGAGGACUGGUUCAACCUGAUCUGCGUGCACCAGAACCACCACGCCUACACGGAAACGGGCUACCUCCCAGAAAACUUCCUGCCGGAAUUCUUGGAUCUGGUCAUCUGGGGCCACGAGCACGAGUGUCUGAUCAACCCGCGCCGGAACCCCGAAACCUACUUCCACGUUAUGCAGCCGGGCUCGUCCGUCGCCACCUCGCUGUGCCCCGGCGAAGCCGUCGCCAAACACGUCUCCAUCGUGAGCAUCACGGGCCGCGAGUUCAAGAGCGAGCCCAUCCGCCUCCGGACCGUGCGGCCCUUCGCCAUGCGCGAGAUCGUGCUGUCGGAAGAGAAGGGGGCGCAGAAGCUCGCGCGCAAGGAGAACAACCGCACCGAACUCACACGGUUCCUGAUGGGCAUCGUCGAGGAGCUCAUCGAAGAAGCCAAGGAAGAGUGGCUCGAGAUGCAGGACGAGGCGCCGCCGACCGCCGAUGACGAGGACGACGAGCAACCCCGCGAGAUCCCCUUACCGCUGGUGCGCUUGCGCGUGGAGAUCUCCACCCCGGAGGGCGGCAGCUACGACUGCGAGAACCCGCAGCGGUUCUCGAACCGCUUCGUCGGCCGCGUCGCCAACGUCAACGAUGUGGUGCAAUUCCACCGCAAGAAGAAGAACCAGGCCGGCGGCACCAGCCGGCGGAAGGACGGCAGCACAGCGGAAGUCGACGAGGCGGCCAUCUCGCACCUGGCGACCCUCGACACCGUCAAAGUCGAGCAGCUGGUCCGUGAUUUUCUGUCCACGCAGUCGUUGACCAUCCUGCCGCAGAACUCCUUCGGGGACGCGGUGGCGCAAUUCAUCGACAAAGAUGACAAGCACGCGCUGGAGAUGUUUGUCAACGAGUCCCUGGAGAGCCAGAUCAAGCAUCUCAUGGCGCUGGACCGCGACACCGACGAGAUCGACGCGGCGGAGGAGCUGGCGCAGAGCUCGUUGCACAAGGCCAUGGAGCGGUAUCGCACGCAGAUGGAGGAUAUGUUCACCCGCGGGGUCAACAAGCGCAGCCGCCACGCCCGCGGCGGCAAGCGGCGCUACAAGCCCAAGCCCGAUAGCUGGGACAGCGAGUUCGAUGGCUCGUGGGAGGAUCAGCCGGGCGCGCUGAUCCACUCGGACAAUGAGGGCGGGGAUCCGAACGAGGAUGUCGCCGCGGAGGACGGUACUGGGUCUGCAGCUGCUACGACAACCCGCGCAUCCUCGACCACGCGAGGCAGGGGGCGAGGACGCGGCGGGAGGGCCGCAGCGACGGGAACGAGUACACGGAAAGCCACCACGACCACCACCACCGCAAGAACUACAGCCACGGCCACGAAAAAGGCCGCCGCUACACCGUCAAAGACAACUGCAGGUAAAGGCCGCCGUCGUCGCGCGGUGUCGGAGGAUGAGGACGACGAAGAGGAAGAUGUGAUUAUGCUCGACGAUGACGACGACGACGACGACGAUGAUGCGGUAUCCGGCCUGCCAGAUAUCCACGAAGAAGAUGACGAUGACGAUGACUCCCAGGCUCUCUUUGUCAAACAACCUGCAACUCGGACACGGCGGGCAGCAGCAGCAACAGCAGCGGCACCUCCACCUGCCACCUCUACAAAGACUACGACCACCAGCCAACGUCGCGCAGCCGCUCCGCCUGCAGCCUCAACCCGAGCCACGGGGGGGACGAGCACGCGCCAGACGAGAACCCGUCAGCAAACCCAGACGACGCUGAAUUUCGUGGGCUCUCAGAGCAGCGCUCCCCCAAGCACGCGGACGAGGGGCGCACGCGUGGCCAGCGAGGAAAUCGACGACGACAGUGAUGGGUUCGAGCCGAUGGCGGUGCCUCGGCGGCGGUAGCCCAGGCAGUCUAGUCUGCGGACGUAUGACUCGAUAGACAUUAGGUUGGGUCGAUUACAGUGUAGCGUAGUUCAGCAUCAACGGCGCAUCGGGGGACAGAUUUUUCCAAAUGGCAUGGCGUUUUCCCAGGUUUCGCCAUCUAAUCAAUUUAUCCAGCGCGGUUUCUCGAACUUAAGCGCCAAUCAAUG